GAGGACCAGAAAGCCAUGAGAGGCAAUGUAGCGGUCUUCAAGUGCAUUAUCCCCUCCUCUGUGGAGGCCUACAUCACUGUUGUCUCAUGGGAGAAAGACACAGUCUCACUUGUCUCAGGAUCUAGAUUUCUCAUCACAUCCACGGGAGCCUUGUAUAUUAUAGAUGUACAGAAUGAAGAUGGAUUGUAUAAUUACCGAUGUAUCACUCGGCACAGAUACACUGGAGAAACACGUCAGAGCAACAGUGCUAGACUUUUUGUAUCAGACCCAGCAAACUCGGCUCCAUCUAUUCUGGAUGGGUUUGAACAUCGUAAAGCCAUGGCAGGACAGCAAGUGGAGCUGCCUUGCAAAGCAUCUGGACACCCAGCACCAAAAUAUCGCUGGCUGAAGGACAAUGUUCCCUGGGAACCUGACAGCCGGUUCCGGCCAAUGGUGACAGGCCUUCUGAUAGAAAAUACACGUCCAUCAGACUCAGGCAACUAUGUGUGUGAAGUCUGGAACAGUUAUGGUACAGCUGAAGUGAUAGGCCGUUUGCAUGUAAAACAGCCCCUAAAAGCCACCAUCAGUCCUCGGAAAGUUAAGAGCAGCGUUGGUAGUCGUGUGUCCUUGUCCUGCAGUGUGUCUGGAACAGAUGACCAUGAACUCUUCUGGUAUCGAAAUGGAGAAAUCAUCAAUACUGGCAAUAAUGUGAGAAUCAUUGGGAUCAAUCAUGAGACUCUUAUUAUGGAUGGCAUGUCCAAAAGUGAUGGUGGGGCAUACCAGUGUUUUGUACGCAAAGACAAGAUGUCUGCACAAGACUAUGUUCAAGUGGUACUAGAAGAUGGAACUCCUAAAAUAAUUUCAGCCUUCAGUGAGAAAGUGGUAAGCCCAGGAGAGGGUGUAUCUUUGAUGUGCAACGUGAAAGGAACUCCUCUUCCUACCAUCACAUGGACUUUGGAUGAAAAUCCCAUAAUUAAAGAUGGGAACCACCGUAUUAGUCAGAUCAUCACCUCUGAGGGGAAUGUAGUCAGCUACCUAAACAUCUCCAGUACUCAGGUCCGAGAUGGCGGAGUAUAUCGUUGUACUGCCAACAACUCAGCUGGAGUCGUCCUCUACCAGGCUCGAAUAAACGUAAGAGGACCAGCCAGCAUUCGGCCAAUGAAAAAUAUUACAGCAAUAGCAGGGCGGGAUACCUUCAUUCACUGUCGUGUCAUUGGUUACCCUUAUUACUCAAUCAAGUGGUAUAAGAAUUCUAAUUUGCUCCCUUUUAAUCAUCGUCAAGUAGCCUUUGAAAACAAUGGAACACUGAAGCUCUCAGAUGUGCAGAAGGAGGUGGAUGAGGGGGAAUACACAUGCAAUGUUCUGGUUCAGCCCCAACUGUCCACCAGCCAGAGUGUACAUGUGACAGUGAAAGUGCCACCUUUUAUCCAGCCCUUUGAAUUUCCAAGGUUCUCUAUUGGCCAGCGAGUCUUCAUUCCAUGCGUUGUGGUCUCAGGGGACUUGCCUAUUACAAUCACCUGGCAGAAGGACGGUAGGCCAAUCCCAGCCAGUCUUGGGGUGACCAUUGACAACAUUGACUUCACCAGCUCCUUAAGGAUUUCUAAUCUUUCCCUUAUGCACAAUGGAAACUAUACCUGUAUAGCAAGAAAUGACGCAGCAGCUGUGGAGCACCAAAGCCAAUUAAUUGUUAGAGUUCCCCCCAGAUUUGUGGUUCAGCCAGUUGAUCAAGAUGGGAUUUAUGGAAAAGCUGUGAUCCUGAACUGCUCUGCAGAAGGCUACCCUGUUCCUACCAUUGUCUGGAAAUACUCCAAAGGUGCUGGAGUUCCCCAGUUCCAACCAAUUGCCUUGAAUGGGCGUAUCCAGCUUCUGACAAAUGGCUCCUUGUUGAUCAAGCAUGUUCUGGAAGAAGAUAGUGGAUACUACCUCUGCAAGGUCAGCAAUGAUGUGGGGGCUGACGUCAGCAAGUCCAUGUACCUCACUGUUAAAAUUCCUGCUAUGAUAACCUCCUAUCCAAAUACCACCUUGGCAACACAGGGUCAAAAGAAAGAGAUGAGUUGCACAGCUCAUGGGGAGAAACCCAUCAUAGUCCGCUGGGAGAAAGAAGAUAGGAUAAUUAAUCCUGAAAUGUCCCGCUAUUUCGUUUCUACAAAAGAAGUGGGUGAUGAAGUCAUCUCUACUUUACAGAUUUUGCCAACAGUCCGAGAAGAUUCUGGUUUCUUCUCCUGCCAUGCCAUCAAUUCAUAUGGAGAGGAUCGUGGAAUAAUUCAGCUCACUGUGCAAGAACCUCCAGAUCCUCCAGAAAUAGAAAUUCGAGAAGUGAGAGCACGUAGCAUUGCCCUAAGAUGGACCAUGGGAUUUGAUGGAAAUAGUCCAAUCACAGGCUAUGAUAUAGAAUGCAAAAACAAGUCUGACUCAUGGGAUUCUGUCCAAAGAACCAAAGAUGUUUCCCCACAGCUGAAUCAAGCCACCAUCAUUGACCUACAUGCUUCUUCCACCUACAACAUCCGCAUGUAUGCAAAAAAUCGGAUCGGCAAAAGUGAAGCCAGCAAUGAACUUACUAUCACCACUGAUGAAGCAGCUCCUGAUGGACCACCUCAAGAUGUUCAUCUUGAGCCCAUAUCUUCACAAAGUAUUAGGGUAACCUGGAAGGCACCAAAGAAGCAUUUGCAAAACGGAGUUAUUCGUGGUUAUCAGAUUGGUUACCGGGAAUACAGCGCCGGAGGCAAUUUCCAGUUCAACAUCAUCAGUAUUGAUACUACUGGAGACAAUGAAAUUUAUACCUUAGAUAACCUUAAAAAAUUCACACAAUAUGGCAUGGUUGUGCAAGCAUGUAAUCGAGCUGGAAUAGGACCAUCUUCUCAAGAAAUUAUCACUACUACUCUUGAGGAUGUUCCUAGUUCCCCUCCGGAGAAUGUCCAAGCCAUUGCUACAUCACCAGAAACCAUCUCUAUCACCUGGUCCACACUGGCCAAGGAUGCCCUCAAUGGAAUUCUACAGGGAUUUAGGGUCAUAUACUGGGCUAAUCUUCUGGAUGGAGAGCUGGGAGAUAUAAAAAAUGUCACUACGGUACAACCAUCAUUAGAGCUUGAUGGUUUGGAAAAAUACACCAACUAUAGCAUCCAGGUAUUGGCAUUCACACGAGCUGGAGAUGGGGUCAGGAGUGAACAGAUUUUCACACGGACAAAGGAGGAUGUUCCAGGUCCUCCUGCUGGAGUUAAAGCAGCUGCAGCAUCAGCUUCUACUGUGUUUGUAUCUUGGCUACCUCCCAUCAAAUUAAAUGGUGUCAUCCGAAAAUAUACUGUAUUCUGCUCUCAUCCAUAUCCCACAGUAAUCAGCGAAUUUGAAGCUUCUCCUGACUCAUUUUCCUACAGAAUCCCUAAUUUGAGCCGGAAUCGACAAUACAGUGUUUGGGUUGUGGCUGUAACUGCUGCAGGAAGGGGCAACAGCAGUGAAAUCAUCACCGUGGAACCAUUAGCUAAAGCUCCAGCCAGAAUUUUGACAUUCAGUGGCACAGUAACAACUCCAUGGAUGAAGGAUAUUAUUCUCCCUUGUAAAGCUGUUGGAGAUCCUGUACCUACCGUUAAAUGGAUGAAAGAAAGUAACGGGACACCCAGUCUAGUGAUGAUUGAUGGGCGAAGAAGCAUCUUUAGCAAUGGCAGUUUUGUUAUCCAUACUGUGAAAGCAGAAGAUUCAGGAUAUUACAGUUGUGUGGCUACUAAUAACUGGGGAUCAGAUGAAAUUAUUUUGAAUUUGCAAGUUCAAGUUCCACCUGACCAGCCUAGACUUACCGUAUCCAAAACCACCUCUUCCUCCAUCACUCUUUCUUGGAUACCUGGAGACAAUGGAGGCAGCUCUAUUCGAGGUUACAUACUGCAAUACUCUGAAGACAACAGUGAACAAUGGGGUAGUUUUCCUAUUAGCCCUAGUGAACGUUCCUAUCGAUUGGAAACGCUGAAGUGUGGCACAUGGUACAAGUUUACUCUGACAGCUCAGAAUGGUGUGGGACCAGGCCGUAUCAGUGAGAUCAUAGAGGCCAAAACACUUGGGAAAGAGCCACAGUUUUCAAAAGAACAAGAACUCUUUGCCAGUAUUAACACCACUCGCGUAAGAUUGAACCUUAUUGGCUGGAAUGAUGGUGGUUGUCCAAUCACUUCCUUUAUUCUGGAAUACAGACCAUUUGGGACAACAGUGUGGACUACCGCACAACGAACAUCACUUACCAAAUCAUAUAUAGUAUAUGAUCUUCAGGAGGCAACCUGGUAUGAGCUGCAGAUGAGAGUCUGUAACAGUGCUGGCUGUGCUGAAAAACAGGCCAAAUUUGCAACACUCAACUAUGAUGGGAGUACAAUCCCUCCACUCAUUAAAUCAGUUGUCCAAAGUGAGGAAGGUCUGGCAACCAAUGAAGGGCUAAAGAUGCUGGUGACUAUUUCCUGUAUCUUGGUUGGGGUCUUGCUGCUUUUUGUGCUUCUGCUGGUUGUAAGAAGGAGACGGAGGGAACAGAGACUGAAAAGACUCAGAGAUGCAAAAAGUUUGGCUGAAAUGCUUAUGAGCAAGAACACAAGGACAUCGGAUACCCUUAACAAGCAGCAACAGACACUCCGGAUGCAUAUAGAUAUUCCCAGAGCUCAGCUUCUCAUUGAAGAGAGAGAUACAAUGGAAACCAUUGAUGACAGAUCUACAGUCUUGCUAACUGAUGCUGAUUUUGGAGAGACAUCAAAACAGAAAUCAUUGACAGUUACUCAUACAGUACAUUAUCAGUCAGUCUCACAAGCCACUGGGCCACUGGUGGAUGUUUCUGAUGCCAGACCAGGAACAAAUCCUACAACAAGAAGGAAUGCAAAAGCUGGGCCUACAGCCCGGAACAGAUAUGCUAGCCAAUGGACUCUCAAUAGACCCCAUCCUACAAUAUCAGCCCACACUUUAACAACAGACUGGAGGCUGCCAACUCCCAGGGCCACAGGGUCUGUUGAUAAAGAAAGCGACAGCUACAGUGUUAGUCCAUCGCAAGAUACAGAUCGAGCAAGAAGCAGCAUGGUCUCCACAGAAAGUGCCUCCUCCACAUAUGAAGAGCUAGCCAGAGCAUAUGAACAUGCCAAGAUGGAAGAGCAGCUGCGACAUGCAAAGUUUACCAUCACAGAAUGCUUUAUAUCAGACACCUCAUCAGAGCAGCUUACAGCAGGGACUAAUGAAUACACAGACAGCCUAACCUCAAGCACCCCAUCCGAAUCAGGGAUUUGCAGAUUCACUGCAUCUCCUCCCAAACCUCAGGACGGAGGACGCGUGACAAACAUGGCUGUUCCAAAGGCACAUCGGCCAGGUGUUCCAGGCACUAGCAGAGACUUGGGACAGACCUGCCUGGAACCCCAAAAAAGCCGAACCUUGAAGCGCCCGGCCGUCUUGGAGCCAGUCCCUGUGGAGUCUUCCUCCACAAGAGAAGCACAGUCAUGGCAAUCUGGCGGCGUAGCAACAUUACCUCAGCGAGAAGGAGCUGAGCUAGGACAGGCAGCAAAAAUGAGUAUCCAAGAAUCCCUCCUGGACUCUCGGAGCCUUAAAGGAAACAAUCCCUACGCAAAAUCUUAUACCCUUGUAUAACAAAAGAGAGCAUGGCUGGACAGUGGCUGUACAUACUUAAUAAUUAUUUAAAAACCCAAUCAAAGCUACCUUUUUAUUGAAUACCAUAUUAUAAUUAAAGAAGAAGAUUGCCAAAAUAUUUGG